ACAGUUAAGCCCUCAAUACAGUAAGUCCUCACUUAACAUCAUCCAUAGGUUCUUAGAAACUGGAGCUUUAAGCCAUGCAGUGUACAAGGAAACCAGUUUCACCAUAGGUUAAUUGAUACAAAUAAGAGGUAAGUUCCCACAGCACAUUCCUGGUCACAAAAACAUCACCAAACUUCUAAAUAAAGACCGAAGCACUUCUAAUAUGAAACGCUGAAAUACAUAUAAGCUCUACAUACAUUUAAGAAGGAUCAUUACCCGAUUUCUGGUGAAUCCAUGAGUGACCAGGUCGUGGAGGGGCUGCGUUAAAUCAAAGGUAACGUUGGCCAAGUCAAAACUCUGAAGCGCCUCUGCCUACCAUGUAGUUUCAAAACAACAGCCAAUUCUCAGCCCGCUGGGCCUUUCCUACUGCAUCGGGUAUUGUCCUGCAUCUCUGUGUGAUUACCAUAUGCUUUACGAAUUUUUAUUUUACAAUAAUUUGUAUCCUUCCAUUUUCCAGCCUCCUUAUUCCAGUUCAGGGUGGCAGGGGACUGAGCCCCUCCAGGAAGCUCAGGACCAAGGCGGGCAACAGCCCUGGAGGGGAUGGCAUCCCACGGCAGGGCACAGUCACAGUCACUCAGACGGGGACACGCCAGUGAGCCUCACGUGCACAGCCUUGGGACGUGGGAGGAACCUGGUGUGCCUGGAGGAAACCCACAGUACGUGGGGAGAACAUGCAAACUCCACACAGACAGUGGCCCCUGCCGGGGAUCAAUUUCUCAUCAACGUUAUAAGGAAACGAUGUUAGAAGAAAUGUGUUGGAGGGCCUCCUGUGCCAGUUCCUAGAUUACUUGAAUAACUUUCUAUUUCUCCUCAUCACAGUAUAUUUUGAAUACAUCUGUCUUCAUAAAAUACACCAUGUCCAAAAUCUAGAAGGGCCAAUUCCAAACUAUUCCACCAGCUUUGAAGGGAAUUGAAGCAAGAAUAACAACACAGAAGAAUAAAAGAAAGGUGAUGUGAUGUGAUGAUAGAAUUUGUGAUAGCCAGGCAACAACGUUUCCUGAUUCAGCAUGUUAAAAAAUAAGGGUCACUCAUCUAAGAAAGAUAACUUGGCAGUCAAUGCAGUUGCUUUACAAGAUCACAUUUUACAUGAUCUUCAACUUCGAAAUCUUUCAGUUGCAGAUCCUUCUAAGACACAAGUACAAAAGAAAGAGAACAAAUCUCGACAAAGAGAUACAAAGGCAGUAAUAGAUACUGGACUUAAAAAACCUACGCAGUGCCCCAAACUAGAAGAUUCAGAAAAAGAAUAUGUUCUUGAUCCCAAACCGCCACCAUUGACUUUGGCACAGAAGUUGGGCCUCAUUGGACCUCCACCACCUCCACUGUCAUCUGAUGACUGGGAGAAGGUGAAACAGCGCUCCCUCCUGCAAGGGGACUCGGUGCAGCCGUGCCCCAUCUGUAAAGAAGAAUUCGAGCUUCGUCCUCAGGUGCUGCUUUCAUGCUCCCAUGUGUUCCACAGAGCAUGUCUUCAGGCUUUUGAAAAGUUCACAAAUAAGAAAACCUGUCCUCUCUGUAGAAAGAACCAGUAUCAAACCCGAGUGAUACACGAUGGGGCCCGCCUGUUCAGAAUAAAGUGUGUGACCAGAAUCCAAGCCUACUGGAGAGGAUACGUUGUCAGAAAGUGGUACAGAAACCUGAGGAAAACAGUACCUCCCACAGACGCCAAGUUAAGAAAAAAAUUCUUUGAAAAAAAGUUCACAGAAAUCAGCCACCGAAUCCUGUGCUCAUACAACACCAACAUUGAAGAGCUCUUUGCAGAGAUCGAUCAGUGCUUGGCCAUAAACCGCAGUGUUCUUCGGCAGUUCGAAGAAAAAUACGGCCAUGAGCUCACAGAAGAGGAAUGGGAGAAAAUCCAAGCACAGGCUCUGCGCCGGGAGACCCAGGAGUGCUCCAUCUGCCUGGCCCCCCUCUCCCGCGCUGGCGGUCCGCUGGUGGGUGCGGGCCAGCGUUCCCGAGGGACGGCCCUCCUGUCCUGCUCACACGCCUUCCACCAUGCGUGUCUGCUCGCACUCGAGGAGUUCUCCGUGGGAGACAGGGCUCCCUUCCGUGCCUGCCCUCUCUGCCGCUCCUGCUACCAGAAGAAGAUUCUGGAAUGUUGAAUUCAUACUCAAGGAAAGUUAGGUAAUGCUGAGGAAAGAAGUUUACCAUCAUUUUGGAUGAACUGCCUGAGUUCUGGGUUAAGUACUACAAUGCAAUCUGUUUCCCAGGGAAAUAAGCUAUUGGUAGUUGUAGGAAAUCUAAGUAUAUUUUAAAAGAUGACAGCCCAUCUAAUUUUAGUCUUUUGUCUCUAAAAAGUAAAUUUCAAAUUUAUGAGUUGAAUCACUUGAAAUAUGAAUGGCAAAAAAUGAGAGCUUGCUUGCUUUUAAAAAUGGAGGUUAAGAGACAGCUCGUGUCUGACCGACACUCCUUACAGUAAGUUCCAAAUGUAAAACACUCCUUAAGUUCCAAAUGUUUUCCACUGAGACUUUGUCUUAAAGCCUUUGCCAUUCCUAAUAUUCGUUGUGUAAUAAUUGCUGUAUUUCUGUGUCAUAAAAUAUGAAAAUAAAAUAUUCAGUUGUAUUUAACAUC